UUCCUCUCCACCGUCACCUCUUCGGGCUGCAGCGCUACGGAGGGACCAUGACGAGGCUCUGGCUCCUGCUUUGCUUCUUGUCCCUAGCUUCAGCUUUUUACCUGUCUGAGCGAGAUGAGUUUCAUUUCAAGUCAUGGAUGGCGCAGUACAACAAAGCAUACGACUUCAAUGAGUACUACCGAAGACUCCAGAUAUUCACAGAGAACAAGAGGAGGAUCGACAAACACAAUGAAGGGAAUCACUCUUUCACAAUGGGACUCAACCAAUUUUCAGGCAUGACUUUUAAUGAGUUUCGAAAGGCUUUCCUCAUGUCUGAGCCGCAGAACUGCUCUGCCACCAAGGGAAACUACCUCAGCAGCAACGGACCACAGCCGGAUUCCAUUGACUGGAGAAAGAAGGGGAAUUAUAUAACACCAGUAAAGACUCAGGGAUCUUGUGGUAGUUGCUGGACUUUUUCCACGACUGGCUGUUUGGAGUCCGUUACUGCUAUCGCCACCGGGAAGCUCGUGCCUCUGUCUGAACAGCAGCUGGUAGACUGCGCCCAGGAUUUCAACAACCAUGGAUGUAAUGGUGGUCUUCCCAGUCAAGCAUUUGAGUACAUCAUGUACAACAAGGGACUGAUGACAGAGCAGGACUAUCCAUACAAGUUUGUGGAGGGUAUAUGUUCAUAUAAACCGUCACUGGCUGCUGCUUUUGUGAAGGAAGUGAGGAAUAUAACAGCGUACGACGAGAUGGGGAUGGUUGACGCUGUCGGCACUCUCAAUCCUGUCAGUUUUGCCUUUGAGGUCACCGACGACUUCAUGCAUUACCGAGAGGGCGUGUACACCAGCACCACCUGCCACAACACCACAGACAAGGUGAAUCAUGCUGUGCUAGCUGUUGGCUAUGGACAAGAAAACAGCACCCCCUACUGGAUAGUGAAGAACUCAUGGGGAUCUAGCUGGGGCAUAGACGGAUAUUUCCUCAUAGAAAGGGGAAAGAACAUGUGUGGACUCGCCGCCUGCUCAUCUUUUCCAGUGGUGUGAUUUCACUACAUGAAAUGUCUCAAAUAACUUUGGAUUUUUUUAUCAUACACAGGAAAAUUGUUUUUACCAGCAUUGUAAAAUUUUAUGUAUUGUAUUUGAUGGAGGCAUUAUAACCUCAGUUAAAGAAUUGUUAUUUGGUGGACUGAAUCAUAUUCAGAUUUCCUGUGUAUUCAUAAUAACUGAGAUGAUCGGUUUACUGUCAAAUUUUAUAGAUCAAACUACAAAAUAAAAUAUUUUUAAACUUG